UCUAUGUCAAAGUCAUUUUAUCAUGGAUGAGAAACGAUUAAAACUAAAUUUACCACCAUGGCACGUUCCUUAUUUAGAGAAACACCGCAUAAUGGAACUAUUUCACGAACUCACAAGGGAAUUAAUUAUUCAACAACCUGUAGAUCAUUUAUUAUUCAUUAAACAAAUUCUUUAUCGUGCAGCAGCUAGUGUAGGAAUUUCAAGGGUGAUUAUACUCGAUUCUCCAAAAGUGAAUACUGCGGAAGUUGCGCUUCAAAUAGCUCAACAAACAACGCAUCAUGUGAUUACCGAAGAUAUGCUUUUAAAAACUUGUGGGGUCGCCUCUAGAAAUGAUUUAAAGCCUGGAGCUUUAGCCGUUUGUCUUUCUUAUAUGCUUCAUAUGGAAGAACCACAAAAUCACGGUUGGAUUUUAGUCGGUUGUAUAAAAACGGCAGCGGAAGCUCAAAAAAUUUUACAAACCGGAAUCGUUCCUACACAUGUCAUACAUUUAAUUCCACCUUUUAUGCCGAAAUUGGAUGAAUUACUUUAUUGUAACGUCCACGCUUAUUGGCCGGGGUAUCGAAGGGAAAUUAUGGCGAUUAGAGAACUUUUUAAAACCAAAUUAACAGAAAUCUAUUUACGUCAAAGAUUUAUUCACGAAGUUGUUAAAGAAUGCAUUGAUGUUAUAAAAAUUCUAAAAAGCAUCGGGUGUCCAAAACAAAUUCGAUGUGUUAUUUUAGGCCCUCGAGGAUCGGGAAGAAAAACCCAAGCGAAAUUGUUAGUGCAAAAAUUCAAUUUCGUACAUAUUGAUUUUCCGAAAUUAUUAUGCCAACAAUGGAACCUACAAAAUAAAUUUGGAGAAACUUUACGCGCUCAAAAAGAUGAGUUGUGUUUUAGAUCGGAUUUGAUGGCGCAAGUUUUAAAUAAACGUAUCCUUGAAGAUGAUUGUGUAAAUCAAGGAUGGGUACUAACCGGAUUUCCUUUUAACACGACCGAUUUUAAGUAUAUCGAUACGUUAGAUACUCCACCAAAUAGGUAA